AGUGGAUGUGUGGCGGGAAACUUGUCAGAGAGGACGGCCAUGGAGGAGGAGUAUGAGCUGUACGGGAUUGAGGAUGACUAUGAGGAGCAGUUCGCCUCCGAGCUGGAGGUUCUGGCCGAGCUGGAAGAUGUGGAACCGUCUCGCCCCAAGCCGAGAGUAUCGCAGUUCCGCAGUAAACUUACAUUUGAAGAGGCGAUCGCUGCUGGUGAUCAUGUGACCAGAUCUGAGAGCGGCAUAGAGAGCCGAGAGAGUAACGGUGACACCGGGAGGUCGAAGAAUUAUCUGCCGGGUGCUGCCAUCUUGGAUCUUUGACACUCUUCUUUCCCUUCUGUAGCUCCUAAACCGAAGCGGCCGAGAAUCGAUGCUGUUAAGAAAUUAAAUUUUGGAUCGGAUGAUCACUCUGUGAAUAGCUCGGCACUCAGCGAUGAUAUUACUCCUCCGCUGUCUCCGGAUUUCACAGACAAGAAGAAUGAAAGAAGGGAAAAGUUCCAGAGCUGCCCUGCUCUUGAGGUCAGUGACAUGGCCCCUCUCCAAGUCACGCCAAGCAAAUCCGAGCAGAAACGCGUACUCACACGGCCUCCCAUAUUGGAAGAAUAUAUUCAUGUGACGUCCAGUGAUGGUAGCAGAGUUUACAUGGCCCUGAGGGAUGACCAGGAUAGGACAGGAACUGUGCAGGGGGGCCUUAGCUGGAGAGGUGACCAGCAAUUACAUCUUCUUGGAGUUCCCAUCUCCUACCUGAAGGAACAGGUGGCAGAUGAGCGUCGACGGCAGGUGUUAGAAGAGUCUCAGCGGCUCACAGACAUGUUGAACAGUCAAAUGAACGAAUUUGAUGAGGCAGAAAGUGAAGCUUUAGAGUUCGGCGACGACGAAGAGGAGGAUGAGGUAUCUGCACAUAACCUAUGGGUGGACAAAUAUACCCCAAAGUGCUACACGGAACUGCUCAGUGAUGAUUAUACAAAUCGUUGCCUGUUGAAAUGGCUAAAACUCUGGGAUACGGUGGUGUUUGGGAAGGAGAAGGCCGCAAAGAAGGCCAAACCAAGCACAGAGCAGAAAUCAAACUUCAGAUCACAGAAGGAGCAGCAGAGCAAGUGGAAGACCAAAGCCCAGAUCACAGAGGAGAUUCUGGAAGCAGAGCUAGAUCAGCAAAACAGGCCUAAAUACAAGGUUGCAUUGCUUACAGGUCCUCCUGGUCUUGGGAAAACAACCCUGGCUCAUGUAAUAGCAAAGCAUGCAGGGUACAAUGUUGUGGAAAUGAAUGCCAGUGAUGACCGCAGUCCAGAAGUCUUCAGGACGCGUAUAGAAGCUGCUACUCAAAUGAAGUCUGUUCUGGGAGUGGAUGAGCGACCCAACUGCCUAGUUAUCGAUGAAAUUGAUGGUGCACCAACUGUAUCUAUUAACAUGCUGCUCAGCUUAGUAAACAGAAAAGAUGGGAAAGACCGAGACUCUGUUACCGAAGGUGCAGUAACAAAGAAGAAAAAGAAAGAAGGCGGUUUGCUGCUUAGGCCCAUCAUCUGUAUUUGCAAUGACCAGUACGUCCCGUCACUGCGCCAGUUGAGGCAGCAAGCCUUCGUGCUGAAUUUCCCUCAAACGUUGCCUUCCAGGCUGGUACAAAGGUUAUAUGAGAUCACCAUUAGGCAGAGCAUGAAAGCUGACACUGGGGCAUUGAUGGCUUUGUGCGAGAAGACCGAGAACGAUAUCCGCUCCUGCAUUAAUACAUUACAGUUUUUGCGCGGCCGAGGGAAGAAAGAGCUGAACGUGCGAACAGUCCAGACUAUGAAGGUUGGACUAAAAGACCAAAAUAAGAGCCUUUUCUAUGUGUGGCAGGAGAUCUUCCAACUCCCCAAAGUCCAGAGAAAACGUAUCGGCCAAGACAUGGCAGCACAGGACCUCUACCUUCUUCUUGGAAACACAAAUGACCCUCUGAACCUGAUGGGCAGGACACCACUGAGUGCCAUGGCGCACAGGUUCCACCAUAUUUUACACCUGACCACUGCAACGGGGGAGUAUGAGAAGCUGACUAUGGGCCUGUAUGACAACUUCUUGAACAUGAAGGUGAAAGAGUCCAGUUUCGGCACAGUGUGUUUGGCUCUGGACUGGUUGGGGUUUACAGACGUAGUCAAUACAACGAUAAUGCGUGGGCAGAACUUCCAGUUAAUGAGAUACCUGCCCUUCCUCCCUGUCGCCUUCCACCUCUUCUUCGCAGCCAACAACAUCCCUCGGAUUGCCUAUCCCAACAGCCACUACGAGGCGCAGUCCAAAAUGAACCAGAUGCUGAAUAUUCUUAACUCGAUGGUCUCUGAAAUCUCUCCACAUAUUCGUACACAUGUGGGCCCUCAGUCCUUGGUACUAGAUGCCCUCUGCCUCCUGCUGGAUGUCAUCUCACCAAAGAUGCGCCCUGUCAACACUCAGCUGUACAGCAUGAAAGAGAAGCAGCAACUGGCAGAAUUGAUCAAUACAAUGCUGGCCUAUAACCUGACCUACCACCAGGAGCGCACCAUGGACGGGCAAUACGUUUACAAGCUUGACCCCAAUGUGGAGGAUGUGUGCAGGUUCCCUGACCUCCCAGCCCGCAAGCCGCUAACAUACCAGGCCAAGCAGCUUAUUUCACGAGAGAUUGAACUGGAGAAGAUGAGGCGGUCGGAGGCCUUCCAGCAGGCACGCAACGCAGGAAGGGACGCUGCCAGCAAAAAGGAAGAAAAGAACGCUGAAAAGACUGUAGCCAAACCUGCCGCUAAACCGAGCUCACUGAACCACGAGCAGCGCCUGGAGAACAUCAUGAAGAAGACGACGUUUGAGCAGAAGCCCGAGAAGGAUUUCUUUGGGAGGCAGAUAGUGGUCGGAGUUAAAGCAGACAAAAAGCCAACCCUCCCGGAGGCCAGGCAGCAGAGAGGCCUUGGGUAUGAUUACCUCCUUCAGACUGCUAUAUUUGGGUUGCACGUGGGUUCAAACCAAGAGGAUCCUGUAGAGAAGAGGAUUGGAUCGGCCGUGGGGAACAGCCAUGUUUGGUUUCGAUUUAAUGAAGGCGUUUCCAAUGCAGUGCGGAGGAACGUGCACAUUAAAGACUUAAUGUGAU